AUGUCUGCCAUUCAGAUCCCUCCCGAAACAUGGCGACACCUUCUGCGCUCCUUACUCCGCGAAUGUACCUAUCUCCCUGACCCCGUCGCCAGAGUCACGUUCCAUACCCAGAUCCUCCAACGAUUCCGACGGUAUACCCAGAAGAAAGAGACGGAUCAACACCGACUUCUAUUACUCCGGAAAUCAGCAACACACCAAUUGUCUUUACUGAAACGAGCCAAUGAGGGAUAUACUAAGCCGCUGGAAAAGGUCCUGCAACAGGCAUAUGGUCGGAGAGGAAGACGGAGACAAGAACUCAUACAAGCAUUGGUCACGCCAGCAGACGCGGUGGACGCAUUGAAUGCGGCGGAUGCGCAGACAGUGGCCCAGGAAGCACCAGGGAUGUUUGAAGAUGGAUGGCGGCCUCCCUCGGUCAUGGUUGAUCUCUUGAAAGCUCAGAACCGUAACUCGAUGAUCACCACUUUGAAUGCCGGCUAUUACACCAAGCAAGUCGAGCCAGUUAUUCCCGCGGAGAAUAUCUGGGGGAAGCCGCUCGCUCCGUCUCGUCGCAGGAACAUCCGGAGGAAAUGGUAUAACCAGACGCUACAGAAUCUGUUCCCACCGCUGCCUGACUCAGAGCUCAAGGUGUUGGAGGGUCUUAUGUCGGGGACUAUUCCGUGGGCGCCACCCAAACGACGAAAGGCAGUCGGGGCUUCUUCCGUUCCUGUUGAGUCCACUCUAGAUGCUGGGUUUUUGACGGAGGGACCGCAGAAGGGGGAUACUUUCGAAGAUUAUGUUGACGGACGACCCCAUAACAUCACACGACGCUUCAUGCAGAGGCUCUGGAAACGCAUAUCCUGUCUAGUUCCACGAGUGAACUGGGAUACCAGAAGCGGAAAGCCAGCAUUCACCUGGGAUGUACUGUACUCAAGGCCUAAGCUGGCUCUGAAGUUGGACGAAAGCACGGCAUCCAAGCUAUUCGCAGGCAUCGAUGCCAAUGGCCGAAUAAUCAAAGAACAACCAAAAGAAGCAACAGGAUGA